AUGUCGCAACUCCCGCCACGUACCUACCGCGGCUUCGAGCUCCACUCCCGGCAGUGCGUCUCAUGCGACAAUGAGAAUCCGACAUGUAAUUGCGCAGCAGACGAGAACUGCGUAUUGACAUCCCGGACGUGCUCCCAGUGCCCUGCGAUCCAGUGCAACAAGAAGCCCAAUGCGGGCGGGGGAGGCGUCAACCCCGGGGUGAUUGCAGGACCGGUGGUGGCAAUCUUGGUGAUUGCGAGUUUGGUCUUGUUUUGGUAUCUCCGCAGAAAGAAGCGACGUGACCUGGCCCGCCUCGAAGAACUCGCCGCUCGAGCCCGUAAAGCCGAGAUCGCAGGCUUCCACCUCUCCCAGCCUGGUUCUCCUGCGCCCGGCUCAGCCCGCUCCCUCCCAUCCGCCCGCUCGAACCCGCGCUCAUCUCGUCAAUCCCAAUCUGCCCUCUCUCAGCCUCCCCACUCCGCCUCUGGCCAGCGCCGAUCUCAGCGCCCGCCCCAGAAGUCCAAAGCAGAGCAGUAUGGCGAAUCUGGGUCCGGGCAUCCAGACAACGGCGCCGGUGAUCCCUUCACCGAUAACAACGGAGGCGACGGGGGGAGUUUCCAAACUGAGCGUUCGGACGGGAGUAUGUCUACUCGGAUCAUCCCGAUUCAGUGGACGGGUCCGCCGCUUGACGGGCACGGGCACGGGCACGGCCAAGAGAACGGGGAGGAUGAAAGGAGGCGGAAUGGCGAGGCUGCAAGGAAACUCAAUGAGGCGCGGGAGAAUCUGUUGCGGGGAGGAGCGCCACUCCGACCUGCGCGUGCACCCGGGUUGGACCUGCGCUUGAAUGGCGGGGCUGUACCGGACGGUGCGGAGGGAGAUGAGCGGUCCCCUGCCGAAGCUGGAGGGCGAAUCAGGGAUAGCUUUGUCUCGGGAACGUCGGGCGCUCCGUCCUUCUCCUCUGGAUACACUACGGAUUUGCACACGGACGCGCCCAAGAUCUUUACGUCGAAACACGUCCAGAUGGGCAGGUUCCACCAGGCCGAGGUCGUGUCUUUUGGUCAACAACAAAUCCAACAUCCCCCUUCUGCCCCGUCAGGGUCAGGAUCGGGGUCGGUACCCGGGCCCCAGCCGAUGCCGGACGGGAACUACCGGACCCUCACCCCCACAUCGGCGGAACGGCGGUACGACGACGAGGCGGAAGAGAUGCCUUCUCCUGAUCCAAACCACCACCCUCCGCCGGGUGUAUCCCCUACGGACCUGCGCUUCUCAAUGGGCUCGCUGGCGUAUAGCGAGAGCGUGAGCUCGAUGGCGACGGACCGAUACCUCGCUCGCCCGGACUCGACGUUUGGGCCGGUACCCCCUCGCGCCCCGUGGGCUACCGGUAACGGCAACGGCCAGAUGGGAAGGGAGAGCAUGAUGUCUAGUCGGAGCGAGGCGGAUUCUGUCCUGGGUGGAUUCCCCAUGAUCCCUCCGAGUGGCGCCUACCCUUCUUCGAACUCGCACAACCACUUCCCCCAGUCCAGCUCGGCCGCUACCCUCGACGUGGCGCACUUCCCUCGGCCUGAGGCUCCCCCUUCCUCCUCCUCUGCCUCUCCCGCCACCGCAACUGCAGCUGCAGCGACAACACGCACCCCUCCACCACCUCCUCCAUCCUACCGUGCCUCCCCCUCCUCUACCUCCGGCGCUAAACCCCGUCCCACAACCUCCGCAUCCAUCGCAGACUCCAUCCUCGGCGCCUUCCCAUUCGUGCCUCCCAAUACGGACGAUCUCGCCUCGCUCCCAUCCGCCCGGAUCCCCGAAACAGCCGGUCGGACGGCCAAUCCGAAUUCAAAUCCCAAUUCGAGAAUGACGGCGAUGAGUGGCGUGAGUGAGGGGCUGGGCGGGUUUGAGUUUAGGUGGGGCGGAGAAGAAGAGGGGGAGAUGGUGCCUCCUAUUCCGGCAGGAGCGGGCGCGGGAGCAGGAAGGAGUUCGUUAGAUCACAGAGCGACGGGCAGAUGA